AUGUAUGUUCACUGGCGGCGAGAGAGGGUGGGAGACAUCGAAGCUGUGAGUGAAUGUUGUGAAAGAAGAACUGUGAGGACGGAGCUGCCAUUGUUGGGUUUCUUCGCCAGUCGGAACUCUUACUGGAGCGUUAUGUGGGGAGGUGUUCCCGAUGAUUGCAUCGUUCACUGGCAUUGCGUGGGCCUUCAGCGAAUUCUGUAUGUUCUACAGAGCAAUGAAGUUAGGGUGUACGUCUGCGUGAUUCUUAACUUGGUUGUGGAGCUUGCCUUUCUGAUGAAGGAGGAUUCGGCAACCACUGAUGGAUGCUCUAUUGUGCAACCUGGAAGAUAG